AUGAGAAGUGGCGACGACAAGAUUUACGAAAAAUCCUCGCUGCUUCCGACCACAGCAUCGCUGAAUAGCAAGAGAGUUGCGAUCGGAGCAGCUGUGAUCACCCUAGUCAUCGUGAUAGCUGUCCUGGCCUUGACCUCCUCUUCAUCCAAUGGCGCCUCCUCCGUCCCACUACAGGAUGAUACCAAAGCAGGGGGCUACCUCAAGGACGGCAAGGAGUUCUCCAUAGGAGCAGUCAGCUCAACCCAUUUUCUCGCCUCUGAAGCAGGGUACCAGACUCUGAGGGAGGGAGGAAACGCUGUGGAUGCCGCGGCGGUCAUGCAGUUUGUUCUCAAUGUGGUUCAGCCGCAGUCGACAGGGAUAGGAGGCGGGUGUUUCGUGCUGCUCUACAACUCGAGCACGGGAGAAGCAAGCGCGUUGGACGGGAGGGAAGAGGCUCCUUCCUCCUUCCACGAGAACGCGUUCUGUGGCGAUGCCGCAUGCGGGGUUGGGCCUUGCAACUGCACAGGAGGGUUGAUGGGGACGUACAGCGAGAGAGUAGGGAGCGGGUUUGCGGUCGGAGCUCCGGGAGUCGUGGCGGCGAUGGAGAAAAUGCUGGAGGAGAAGGGGACGAUGAAGUUGUCUGAGGUUGUGAAGCCAGCGGUCAAGCUCGCUAGAGACGGGUUUCCAAUGUAUGAACAUCUCCGCAGUAAGAUCCAGAACGGAGAAAUUUUCAAGAAUCCAGACCUUGCGAAUACCUUGGAGGCGCUGGGAAAGCAAGGGAGUCAACUUUUCUAUCAAGGUCAAAUAGGAAGAGACAUUGUUGAUACGUUGAGAAGUUCCGGUCCCCCAAAGACUAUCAGAGCUGGUUUGUUGACGAUGGAAGAUCUUUCAAAUUACAAGGCAGUUUGGAGGAGAGUGGUUAACACAACCUAUCGAGGAUAUCAGGUGUUGGGGAUGAGCCCGCCGUCGGCAGGAGGAGUGACGAUGGCGAACGCUCUCAACGUCAUGGAAGGGUUUGACUUGAAGAGCAUGCCGAAGCACGGCGUAGAGAAUCUGCACCGUAUGAUCGAUGGGAUGAACAUGGCAUGGGCGGACAGGAACAAAUAUCUUGCUGAUUCCGACUGGGUUGACAUCCCAGUGAGAUAUGAAAACGACGAGUACUGUCAGCAGUUUACCAGCAGCUCGACCUGUCCGAUUGGAUGCGGGUGGGAAAUGCAAGACGGAGGGUCGGAGGAGGGGAAGUUUGCAAUGAGCGGAGGGAGGCAAAUUUCAGGAUGUAGAGCCAUAGGGUUGUUGAGCAAGGAUUAUGCGAAUGCGCGAAGAGAUCGGUUCAGCAAUCUGUUUAGGAUUGCUCCUGUUCCCCUGCCUCCUGGCAAUUUCAGCAAGAUCUCUGAUGAUACUUGGCUUGCUGAUUACAAGGACAAGUUGGUGCUUGCUGGGUUAGUGUGA